AUGCUGAGACAACAGCAAAUGCGUUGGAGCGGCCACAUCGUGCAGAUGGACGACGAGGGGCUACCCAAACGGCUCUUCUAUGAAGAUGUCGUCAUGGGUUCCUGCCGACAAGGAGGUCAAGUCCGACGCUACAAGGAUACCCUGAAGCGUCUGAAGAUCAACCCAGCCAACUUGGAAGACGUCGCCGUGACCGACCUGGAGGAGGGCAGUGAAGACAGGCGCAGCAAUCUACGAAGCCACCUGUUUCGCCGACGCCAAAGUUAA